AUGGGUUCUACUGAUAAAUAUAUGUAUUUCAUUGUGUUGGAGAAACCUGGUUAUCCAUGUAGUCACAUCUCACGAGGCGCUAUAUGCUACAUUGAAGAGGAAAAAUAUCGCCUUAAAAUUGAAAGACUGGAGGACGGAGAAAAAGUGGAUAGUCUCCAAGUCAAAUUUCAGACAGAUGUGGUUGAUAAGUGCAUCAAAAUGGAUGUACUAGACGCCCUCAGCCCUCAGGAGGCAGGGUUGCUGCAGGCCAUUGAAGGAAAUGAGGAUCGAUUGAAAGCAUAUCGGCAGAGAGAUGCUCUAGAUCGAGCUCUGAAUUUGAAGACUGAUAGUUUGGUUACUGUGGAGUUAAAUGGGAAAUGGCUUGAAGGAGUGGUCCGAUACAUUGGCAGGAAGACUGAUUUUUCAGCUCCAAUAUCAGGAACAUUCUUUGGGAUCGAAUUACAGGGAAAGGGCAUGGGUAAGGGUCAGAAUAAUGGAAGUGUCGGGACGAGAACCCUCUUCACCUGUAAGCAGGACUGUGGCAUCUUUGCCCCUUUCACAAGAGUCAAACCGGCUCACCCUGAGUCGUCUGCCCCCUUUGGGCCGCCGUCUGACACUCAGUCCAAACCGUUCAGCAUUGGAGACAGAGUAACCUUCUUUGUGGAGGACAUAGAGACCCAUGGCAUGGUAAUGAACCUAGAGGAAAAAGAAGGCAGAACCUUUUUGCACAUCUCUACGGAUAAGGAUGAAAAAGGGAAAAGAGGUGGUGAUGUGACUGUCCCUUUGGAGUGUGUUAUCAGUGAGGACCUGCUCCCUUCAUCUGAAAGAGAAGUGUUAGAUACGUCAGAGGGACUGACAGAUCAACCUAUGGAAAUCUGCACAGUAGACAUCACUAAAGGCUCCUUGGUAGAGGUGACACUGGCUACAGGACCGGCUUUCGGAAUUGUGCGCUGGAUUGGUAACUUACCCAGUCUCCCUGGAGUCAGAGCUGGUUUGGAACUGGAAGAAGACUUGGGAGUGAAUGAUGGCACGUUUAAAGGAGAGCGGUACUUCAAGUGUCCUGCUAAACGGGGCCUUUUCGUAAAGCUUUCCUCCUGUCGUCCUGACUCCCGUUUCUUUGGCGACGAUGACAAGGGGAAAGCAUUGCAUAAUGGACAUACUGAUGAUGAUGCGGCAUGUUGGUCUGGAGUGCAGGAGAAUGUCCCACCAAUAGUGUCCGAGGAGGUGGAGAAGCUUCUGAUUGGCACAAUGAAGGGGGUGCAAGGCCAUUGUAACUCUUGUUAUAUGGAUUCUGCUCUCUUCAGUCUGUUCUCUUGUUCGUCAGUGUUGGACUCUCUCCUGUUUAAAAGUGUUCAGAAGGUGAACCAGAGGUACCAGGCCAUUCAGACCACUCUGCUGAAGGACAUCGUCAAUCCUCUCCGCAGUAAGGGCUUUGUUCCAGGCCAUAGUGUAAUGAAACUCCGUCAGCAGCUCCAGGAUGGAGGCCACUGCCCAACCUACACCACAGAUGAGAAAGACCCAGAAGAGUUCCUCACCCUUCUCAUGCAACAGAUACUCUCACUAGACCCUCUUCUCAAACUUGCAAACACGUAUCCAGGAUCCAAAGAUGAGGUGGAAUCCUGUUAUUUUUACCAAAUUUUCCUGGAUUACGAUCAUAAUCUGGUUUUACCAUGUGUACAGCAACUUCUAGAACAUUCCCUCUACAUCAACGGCCUCAGGCUAGCAGAGGUGCCAUCCUGUCUGAUUCUCACAAUGCCUCGCUCAGGAAAGAAGUUUAAGAUGUUUCAGAAGAUCAUUCCAUCUUCAGAGCUGGAUAUCACUGCACUGCUGUCAGGCGCCCCCCAGCCAUGUGUGCUAUGUGGACAGCUAGCAUCUAUGGAGUGUGUGGAGUGUUUUAAAGAUUCUCUCUUUGGCAGUUCAGGAUUCAAACACUUCUGUCACACGUGUUCUGAACAGGUCCACAUGCACAAACUUCGAAGGUCCCAUAAACAAACUCGCCUGAGACUGCCUGAAGGGUUCCCAAGGGGGGUGUCCCGGCCCCCUCCCCAAGAGAAGCUGGAAUUGUUUGCUGUGCUCUGUAUUGAGACCAGUCACUAUGUCUCCUUUGUGAAACACGGACCAAAAGACACAGACUGGAUCUUCUUUGAUAGCAUGGCAGAUAGAGAGGGUGAGAGAGAUGGCUUUAACAUUCCCCAGGUGACCGCAUGUCCUGAGAUUGGGCGGUACCUUAGGAUGACCCUAGCUGAACUGGCCAAUCAGGUGCCUCGAGAGAUGGACGGUGUUGCCAAGCGACUCUUCUGUGAUGGUUACAUGUACCUGUACCAGAGUCCAAAUAUGGCACUAUACCACUGACACACAAAAUACACACACACACACACACACACACACAUUGCAAUUCACUGUUAUUCAAACAGACAGGCCAAUGAUAACUGUCAUUAAAAUAUAUGUAUCUUCUUAGUUUUCUAUGUAUGUAGCUCAGACAAAACACAUUGUCUUCUGUAGGAGAAUGAAAAUGCACUUUUUAGGGGGGUUGAAUUUAUUUGCCCAUGCCAGGGUCUGUGCGGUGGACUAUUAAAUUUUGACAUGCACCGAACACAUUGCACUUCUUGCAGGACUUGUGAUACUAACCACCUAACUUGCCUAAUUAUACUGGGAUCAAUGAGUAAGCAAGGAACAAUCAGGUUAAUUCUCUGUCUCUUCAGGCUAAAUGCAACUGUCGUUGGCUUUAUGACUAGAUAUGCAAAUAACAAUAAUUAUAAAUAAGGUGAUCUAUUGAUAAGGCUGCAAUCUAAUUGUUCUGUUCUUUUUUUUUUUGUUUUUUUUUUUACUCGAAUCUUGACGGAUUAUUAUAAAUGUUACACAUGUAAAAUCAGUCUGUUUGUUAUGUUUGAGGUAAUGGUGAAAUAACUGAAAUUAAGAGGGAAAUCAAUUUGCCUCAUAUCACCGUCACUUUGGAAACUGAUCUAAGGGGAGG